AUGUCUGGCCAAAGAGGAGGUCUAGCUGAAUUGAUUGACACCUUUUUCUCAACUCUGCGAGACAAUAUGAUUCAGUUAAUGGAUCAGUCAUCUCUGCAUGGGCAAUCUGGACAAUCCACUAAUAAUGCUCCUCCUAGUGGGGCUCCUGGAUCUGCCCGCAUAAAAUGCCUCUCUGCUAAAAUGGCUCAACUUCGUCCGUUCGACGAUGCUGAUGGGCGACUUCGUUCGCGUCUUCUGGAGGCUUAUCCGCCCGCCAGGAUGCUCGUUAAUGUACUGGCUACUACGAGUCAACUUCUUUCUCGUCUAGCCCAGCAGGUAUUCUGGCUUAAAUUCGCUUAA